AGGAGUGAACAUUUGUUGGGUGCUAUUUCUAUUCCAUCUACACAACAUCUUUUGUCCUACAGCUUCCUGUUGCUCAUUAUUACGAUAAAACAUUCUUUAACCCCACCCCCAACUGACAUUAACACAUCACGCAAAUCACACGAACAUAGUCACAGAAUUGUGAACUUACAUGAGUAUCCAGAGGUCACAUGCUUACAUGUGAAAACCAUGAGAGAACCAUACGUUUAAGCUUAUCAUAAGUUUUAUUGAUGAUGGUCUGAUUCUGAUAGCUCAGCAGGACCUCUUCAGGAAUAGAAUUCACUUAAUUUAAUUGAAUUUAGAAUUGUGAAUGGUUGACAGGGUGUUGCUAUGUGGUUGCUAAGGAGUAUGCUGUUAUGCAUUGGCCAGGGAUGAUACCCGUCGUUCAAAACCUGUGUAAAACCUCUUUCUUUUGUAGGACACACAAGAAGAUAUUUUGAGAAAUAGUCUUGUGGUUAUGUUCAUACAAUGGAAGUCAAUGUGGUCCAAUGUUGUUUGGUUACCAACAUUCUUCCAAGUAUCUUUUGUGUUCUGCCGUAGAAAGUUUUUUUCUCCAGCAUAGUGUGACAGGUUAUGUGCUGUAGUAUAGAGUUAGGAAUUUGUUGACGCUCCCUUAACCGUAUGCAUCAGGGGCGUUUCCGUGCCUCCCUUGCCUCGAAUCGAAUAAGAAUAUUAUUAAAAGUUCAGAAAUAAAAUAGGUGAGCGGAUAAAACGUAUUUAGUUAAAUAUGAGAUCAAUCGGCGUGUACUAUAGUGUGAAACAGCGACACCGCUCGAAAGAAGAUCAAAUAUGGAUUUGAUUUUCUUGCCUCCUCUAAGCUCAUUGAUUUUCAAUAUACACCCUAAAGCGUGCCGUGAGUUUGAGUGCGAGUAAUUGAAAAGAAUGGAGAAAAGUCACGUGAGAGGAGGCAAUGCCUCCAAGGGACUUUGAUUGGAUUAACUCAUCAGUGAGAUCAUAUCUCACGUCAUCCCGCCUUCCUGCUCGACUUCGUCAUACAUUUUAAACUGCUGGCGCUAAAAUAGAUUGAACGUUAAUUCAAUUGUUUUCUUAGUUUUAUUAAUCGGCGUGUUGUAGGAUUCAUUUCGGAGAUGGCGGAGGAAGAGGAGUUAUCGAUUGUUGACAGAAUAUUACGUGGUUUUUCAUUCGACACCUUGUCUUUUGAGGAGAAAAAAGCAAUCAAAUCUGGCGGAAGACCGCAGCCCAAUGUCAAUAUUAAUAGACAAGGGAGAGUAUUUUCUGUCAAUUGGUACUCAAAAGUGGACUGGCUCACCGGGAGUAAAGAGAAAACCCGUUUGUUCUGUUGGCCUUGCCUUCUUUUCUCAAGUACCCGAAAUGGCACAUGGACAAAAUAUGGAUUUGAAGACGUUAAAAACUUGGAACGGGCAGUUCAGCGACAUUCCAAAUCAAAGGACCAUGUAAGUGCCCAAGUUAAACUUAAUCUUUUGGGAAGAGUUCGUAUAGAACAUGUCUUGGAUGAGGGAGCUAGACUUCAAGUCGAAAAGCAUAACCAGACUGUGAGGAAAAAUCGUGCAGUGCUCGAGCGCUUAAUUGACACCACAACCCUUCUUGCCCGACAAGAACUAGCAUUCCGCGGUCGCUAUGAAAAUGCUAGCUCGGACAACAAGGGUAACUACAGAGAAUUUCUUGAAUGUCAGGCUAAACACGAUGAGUUGCUGGCGACGCAUUUGCAGACAAGCACCGUGUUUUCUGGAACGUCAAAUCGUAUCCAGAAUGAUCUAAUUCACUGUAUCGCUUCUGUCGUUUCCCAAGCUGUCAAAACUCAAAUUGAUGCAGCUCCAUUCUUUGCAUGGCAAGUAGACGAAACAACAGAUAUUAGCAAUCAAGCUCAACUGUCAAUUUCUGUGCGAUAUGUUGACGGAAAUGCAGCAAUUCAAGAGAGAUUUGUUGGAUUUUUUAACGUGUCCGGUGGACGUGAUGCACAAUCUGUGUAUGAAGUUGUUGCCACGGCGAUGGCCCCGUUUAGAUUUGAAGAGAAAUUGGUUGCGCAAACAUAUGAUGGGGCAGCCGUGAUGGCCUCUGCAUUGAAUGGUCUACAAGCAAAAGUGAAAGCGGUGGCUCCUUCUGCUAUGUUUGUGCAUUGUUAUGCACACAGGUUAAAUCUCGUUCUUAGCCAGGGAGCAAAAAGCAUACCAAGUGUACGAGUGUUUUUUGCAAAUUUAGGAGGAUUCGCAACAUUCUUUUCUCACUCUUCAAAGAGAACGGCUCUGCUGGAAGAGGUUGGCUGCUCUCGGUUGCCGAAAAGUGCUCCAACUAGAUGGAAUUUUAAUUCACGGGCAGUGUCCACAGUUGCUGAAAAUCGCGAGAAGUUGCUUAAUGUAUUCAGGCGAAUUGUUGAUGCACCUGCCAUGGAUGAUGACACUGUGCGAGGAGCUCUGGGCUUCAUUGGAUAUUUGGAAAACUUUGAGUUCAUGUUUUUUCUUUCAACAUUCAAAGCAAUUUUUUCUCUGACUGAUGUGGUUUUCGACAUUGUACAAAACAAGGCAAUGGAUAUUGCAUUUUGUAGAAAGAAAAUCGACAAUCUUCUUUCCACAUUGGUGACUCUGGGUUCUGAAGACCGCUUUACACAGGUAUAUGACAGUGCUGCUCAUCUACCUGAUGUUCAUGCUCCAAAGAGGUCUCGGGCCAUGAUGAAAGAGGGAGUGGAUGUUAAGGAGCACUAUCGACUGCUUUACAUGUCCAUAAUUGACAACCAGACGAAGCAGAUCAAACAGAGAUUUGCUGAUUUGGACAACUUAAAGUUUCUCCAGUUGUUGAACAAUGCAAUGUUUGAGCAGAUGUGCAAUGUAUUUCCAGUUGAGGCAUUACACUCUCUAAUCACCUCCUAUGGUCAACAUUUUGAUACAGACCGGCUCAAAUCAGAGUUACAAGUUUUUUAUUCUGACAGAGACCUGCAUGGAGAAAACGGCAAGUUGUGUGACCUCCUCAGAGCAUUUAAGUCUAAUGAUUUGGACAUGGCUAUGCCAGAACUUUAUAAACUAAUGUGUCUUGGUGCUACAAUUGGAGCGACAUCUGCAGGAGUGGAAAGAAGUUUUUCAUGCCUGAAACGGACCAAGAACUACAUGCGCAGUGCAACAGGUCAGAAACGUCUAUCUGAAUUGGCACUGUUGUCUAUUGAAAAAUCCCUUGUGAAAGCAUUGGAAGGAAGAGGCUCAUGGUGGUAUGACCAGGUGACAGAGAAGUUCAAUUCCAUGAAGGAAAGAAGAGUGGACUUCACUUUUAAGCCUCCAUCUUUGUUCAGAUUUGUUCAAAAACUUUUGCUUGUGAUCAGACUUGCUCAGGAUAACAGCAGGGCUAAAGAAAUCCCAAGAGUUCCAGUGAAAGAUGAAGGUGGUGUUGAUGUACCUUUCGCCAAAGCAGGGAAAAUAAAAAACUGCAAAAAUCAGACGUAAAAUCAAACUUGUAAUAAUUAAAGAGGAAUUUUUCACACAUAAACACUGUAAUGACACUGGUUUUCUGACAAACGCAUGUGUUAAAAGUGCAGAGAUUAAUAAAAAUUACAUGGGUAGAAAUCUGCCUCCUCAUUUUUUAAGUCCACUGCACACCACUGGUAUGCAUGUGCAUUAGUCUUCUCAAACACCACUAAUCACUUAUGGUUUUGUGAUUUUGGGCAGAAGACACGAAGUCCUGUGCAGUGUAUAACUCAAAUGCAAAUGCAAUUGUAAAACCAAACACUAAAACAACAUGCUAACAUAAAAUAAAACUCUAAAUAACAUACAAACAACGUUUACGAAGCACAAACAUUGUAAAGUGAGGUAAAUACAUCUAUGACAACUGAAUGCACACAAUAAUGAGUGACAGAAAAGGAAAUUAACA